AUGUCACAACGCUACGCGCCACUCAAUCAGAAUUCUACGUCCAAUUACGAUGAUGAAGAUUACCUAGAAUCUCUCCAAAACAUCCCGUCUAAUUUUGACCUGGCUCUGAACGGCAACGGCAACAAUGGAGCGAACCGAAAUUUACUCUCGCCUCAACCAUCGAAGGGAGCAGAUGCUUCGCUGUUGGAACCUGAUGCUUUACGGAGGUCGUCAAUGAGUACAAUCUCGUCAAUGGGCGGAAGUAGGAAUCGAAGUGUGUCGCCGUAUCCAGGCCAUCCAUCCACGCCGAGAACGUGGAGAGAAUCUCUGUGGAGCUUUUGGGAUCAGAACCAAGGUCUUUUCCUUGUGACAUUCUCCCAGUUAUUCGGAGCCCUGAUGAAUGUCACAACAAGGCUUUUAGAACUUGAGGGGGAAGGAAUGGAUCCUUUUCAGAUCUUGUUUGCGAGACAGGGACUUACGGCCAUUUUCUGUACCGCAUGGAUGUGGUAUGGCAAGGUACCUGACUUUCCACUUGGUGCAAAAGGACUUCGUGGACUGCUGUGUGUUAGAAGUUUGACGGGGUUCUUUGGGAUCUUUGGGAUGUACUAUUCACUUCAAUAUCUACCUGUGGCAGACGCCGUCGUCAUUACCUUCCUUGCUCCCUCCGUAGCAAGCUAUGGCUGCUACCUAUUCCUCCGCGAGCCUUUCCCUAGAUCAGCACAAUACGCCUCAAGCAUCUCCCUCCUCGGCGUCGUGCUCAUUGCCCGUCCCACCUCAUUUUUUACAUCCAGCUCCAGCUCCAGCACAGACUUCACCACAGCCUCCAACACAACCACAAUAUCCACAGAUCCCACAGAUCCGUCCUCCUUCCCCGUUCCCACAUCCUCUCAACGCCUCUCCGCCGUAGCGAUAGCCAUGAUCGGCGUCCUCGGCUCCGCUGGCGCCUUCACAUCCAUCCGCUGGAUUGGAAACCGCGCACAUCCCCUCCUCUCCGUAAACUACUUCUCUAUCUUCUGCACCGUAAUAUCCACCCUCGCCCUCUCCCUCGCAAAACCCCUCCACCUCUCAAACACGCUCCACUUUGCUCUUCCCGCCGGCCUCCGGCAAUGGAGCAUGUUGAUUUUCCUUGGUGUCUGCGGUUUCGUCAUGCAGUAUCUGUUAACGAGGGGACUUGCAGCGGGAGGGAGAGGUAAUGGUGCGAGGGCGACGAAUAUGAUUUAUACGAAUAUGUUAUUUGCGUUGGGUUUGGACAAGUUGGUGUUUGGGCAGAGUCCUGGGUGGUGGAGUUUGGCGGGGAGUGGGCUGAUUCUUGGGAGUGCGAUUUUCGUUGCUGUGAAGAAGGGGCAGGCGCAAGGGCAAGGACAGAGUGAGUGUGCUGCUGGGGAGAGAGGGACAGAUGUUGAGAUGUUCGGGAGACGUGAAAGUGCAAGAUCGGAGGAGGAGAUAGCUAUGCUCGGUGGAGCCGAGGAUGAUGAAAGUGAGGAAGAAGAAAUGGAAUUUGGACCUGGGCUCGAGAAUGGUAGUAGUAAAGGAGUUAUAGAAGCAGGGCGUUAG